GUGGCAGAGCUCGUGUGGGGGAAGGCUGAGUUCUUUUUGAAGGAACUAGACAAGCUUACGGAAGCGGAACAUUGGAUCGGAUACCUGAACAUGGUUCCGCUUGAGACACGCAAAUUCUUGGCAGAAUGCAUACAAGCGCUCGUUCACUUGCACCGCGCCGACUUUCAUCGGAGGUUGGUCCACCUUACAGUGAACAAGCCCCCGUGGAACCUGUUGGUGUUGGCAAAGCGUGGGAAGGACAUCAGGUGCCCCCUGCGGGUCGACUUGGCCCGCAGAUUAUUGAGCACGUCUGCUGACUCCCUUGAAGUCAACUCGCGCAAGUUUGUCUCGAUGUUUCGCGGGGAGCUACAGCGCAUGAUCGACAGUGAUGGCAAAUGCCCAGGGGUGAUGUGGACUCAGGUUGCAAUUUGGUGCGAGGCCGAGACGACUCCGUCAGACAACCAUUCUAUCGAAGGCAUUAACAACAUGAUCAUAUCGACAGCACUCGCAGCACCUACUAUCCGAGAUCCUUUGCUGUCCAGCCGCGUGGUGGGCCGCUUGGCCCUCUUCCCAGUCAGCGCCACUGGCAAGGCUUCAGCACGCAGCAGCGUCAAAGAGAUGCAAGGGCUCAUCAAUGAGGCGAUUGACAAGGCCGUGUCCUGCUUCACUGGUUCACAGACGGUCAUGAGUAACACCUCCAGGUGGCAAUGUCCUCCCGCUGCCGAUGCGGUCAAGACGCCAACCGUUCCUUCGGUCCCGUUGCCGUUCCCCCCAGCAGUGAUGGAGUGGGCGAGGCAUUACAACUCGAAGUUCAUAACGAAGGUUAGACUGACCAAAGGUUGGACAAUGCGGGCUUUGUUGGUAUUGCCCUCUGCCAGCUUGGACGGACAGUUCGACGCGUACUUGUGCCCGCUUACUCACGGGCGGAGCGCCCAUCUGUUGAAGGCCAAG